AUGGACGAGGACGAGCUAAGGGACUUCCUCCCAACCUCUUUCGGAGGUUCGGGAGGUGGAUUUGACCCAGAAGCACAGAUCGAGGCAGCGAGGCGGAAAGUGCCUGGGGCUGUGAAAACAUUGAAACCCGCCAAGUCGACGAGUUCGAAGGACGAAAACAGCUCGGAUGAUGAUUCAGACGACGACGACGACGACGAAGAUGACUUUCCCACAAGUCACGAGAUUGUCUUCAAAACACAUAAUCGCCCCAUCACCACAAUCACUGUAGAUCCAUCUGGAUCACGGAUGAUAACAGGCUCGACGGACUGUACCAUCAAACUACACGACUUUGCUACAAUGACGCCGAACACUCUAAGGGCGUUCAAAUCUGUCGAUCCCUCGGCGACCAAACCGGCGACAAAUUCUGAGACUCAUCCAGUGCACAUCGCGAAGUUCAACCCCAAUUCACCUAGCCAAGUACUUGUCAUAUCCGCCACCCCUCAAGCAAGGAUACUGUCUCGCGACGGUGAAACAAAGGUCGAAUUCGUCAAGGGUGACAUGUACCUUCGAGAUAUGAACAUGACCAAAGGCCAUAUCAGUGAGAUCACAUGCGGGACGUGGCAUCCAACAAAUUACGAUCUCUGUGUCACAGCCGGAACGGACAGUACGUUACGGGUUUGGGAUGUCAACAUGCGAAUGAAGCAAAAGGAUGUCAUUGUCCACAAGUCGAAAUUGGCAGGUUCUGCUGGACGGAGUCGAAUGACUGCCGUGGCAUGGGGCAGUCAAGUUGAUGGGGGAAACAAUCUCCUGGUCGCAGCGGCCCUAGAUGGCACAAUCUUGAUGUGGGGGGGAGAAGGACCGUACACGCGACCAAGCGGCGAAAUUAAUAACGCACACACGCCGAACACCUGGACGAGUGGCAUCGACAUAAGUGCUGAUGGUCGCUUGGUGGUCACGCGAGGUGGCGACGACACAAUCAAGCUCUGGGACACCCGCAAAUUCAAACAACCCGUGAACACGACCACACACACCUCGACAUCGAGCCAGUACCCAACAUCAAACAUCCAAUUCGCGCCCAACUCAUCCUCCAUCAUUACAGGCUCCGAAUCCGGCGAUCUCUACAUCCUCAACCCGGCAACACUCAAGCCUGAACUCGCCACUCCAAUCACACCGGGCUCCUCGCUCAUCACAGUCCUCUGGCACGAGAAACUCGACCAAAUCCUAACAGGCAGUGCCAAUGCAGAGACCCACGUACUCUUCAGUCCGAAGAACCCUCCAAACACCAAAAAGGGCGGUGCCUUGAUGAUCAUGUCCAAAGCGCCGAAACGACACCACGUCGACGACGACCCAACACUCACAACCGACAUGUCGCAAGGCGUAUCUGGCGACGCGAUCAUCAACCCGGGCACAAGCAGCGAAUCCAUCCAAGGCCGCAGCACGUUUUCGUCGCGCCACCCGACCAUCGGACUCACAGCGUCGGGGAAAUCACGCGACCCGAGACGGCCGCACAUUCCGGCGACGACGCCCUUCUCGAAGAACGCGCCCGACGAAAAAUCCAUCAGGGAGCGCAUCCCGCUCAGCUCUAUGCGCGAAGAGGAUCCCCGCGAGGCGCUGCUCAAGUAUGCGGAUAAAGCCAAGAAUGACCCUCUCUUCACGAAUGCGUGGAAGGAAACGCAGCCGAAGACGAUCUAUGCGGAGUUGAGUGAUGAGGAUGAGGAUGUGAAGGAGCCGAAGAAGAAGAAGGUCAAGUUCUGA